GUUUUUUUGUUAAUGUUCAUGUUUUUAUUGUUUUUGGUUUGCAAUCAGCUUAUGAUGUAGUGUAUGCAAUACAUAUCUAUUUAAAAUGUGUGAUUUCAGUGUAGGUGAUAAGUUUUGUACAUUUGCCGAUUUAAGUGAUAAAAUGAAAGCUUAUGAAAAACAUAAUUAUAUUCAAUUGUACGUACGGGACUGCAAAACUUUAGAGAAUGCAAAGAAGAGUAAACCACAACGUGUGGCCAAUGCCAAAACUACUUUAAAAUACUACCAUUUGGUAUAUGCCUGCAAUAAAGGUGGAAGACAGUUUAUUUCGGAAGCUAAAGGAAAGAGAAAAUCUAGAUAUUUUAUCUCCACAAUCAAAUGCUGGCAAAACCGGGGGCGAAACGGUCUUAUGUGAUAGUAGUCAUCUAGACUUAACCGACGGCGAUGUCCUGGUGAAUCAACAGAAAGACGUAGUGGUAGAAGUUAUUGAAAAUAUUGAAACUUCAUAUCCAGGAUCAAAUGAGAAAUCAGAUUUAUUGGAAAUGGGGAAUCAACAUAACCCAGUAGUGGCAGAAGUUAUGCAUAAUAAAGAACCUUCAUAUUCACAAUUAGAUGCUGACAUGAACAUGAAUAUGAUUAUUACAAAUAAUGAAAUAAACUCAUCAGAACUAUCAGAAGGUAAUAAUCUUGAAAAGGGCAAUCAAUUGUGCAACGUAAAAUUGCCUCUCAAAAUGAAAAGAAGAGGCCGUCCUAGGGGCAUUAGGACCACCGUUGUGGGUCUGAGGAAGAAACGUGGAAAGUGACAGAAAAGUAUUAAGUUUGUAAUUAUUGUUUUUAUUACUUUCAUGUUAAAUAAAUAAUAAUUUUUACAUUAUUACGUAUUAAUCAUUUUUUAAUAGUUUUUUACUCAAUAAAAAUUGACAUUUCCUAUAAACUUUUUAUAAGCAAGCAUCUUUCGUUCUGUUUAUUUUUUUUUGUUAUGUUUCGAGUGCGGUCGGCAGAAUAAUAGUUUUGUAUAUUCUGCCGACCAAGCGGUCGGUAGACU